AACUAUUGUAAAUCUUCGGCACGUUGAAAUCUGUCAAAGUGUACACCGCUCGAGAUUGAUAUUUCGCCGCGAUUCGCUUUUCAUUUGUUACUGAUAUGACUUAAACGCUACUGAAUGCGUAAUAAAACAUUGAUUUUGCAUCGGACUCCACGAUUUUGAAGUUGUGAUGACUUUUGUAGAAUUCUAGAAUCUCCGCGAGUUGACUCACAAGACAUUGUUUCAAUCAAUUGUUUAUUAUUUCUGUACACUGUGGAUGCCUGCGACGACAAAAGUAUAACGAAAAAAUAGCAACAGUGACGUAUAUAAUUGUUGAUUAAUUGUGAAUGUGUUUCGAUGCCCCUGAUCAAUUGGACUAGCAGCAGGGUGUGUUUGGAGUUUUAUGAUGUCACGAGGGGCAACGCCAAUUCAUAAUCCAAAGUGCCUCCAGCCAAGUUUUUAAUCUCAAGUGUUCUCUCAGAGGCACACAAUGAGAGUCUCUGUUUCAAUCGUUCUGCUCUCCUUCUUCUAUGGGAUUAGCUCGGUUCCCAUUAAUGCGAGCAGAAUUUGCGCCAGUAAAAAGAAGAAUAUUGAUAAUAUUUCGCUGAAGCAAAACUCGCACGGAAUCGAAGAUGUUUCACACGAAAUUCAUUUAUUCCAAACAGAGACAAAUCAACCAGAAGUGAUUUUUGAAACUUGCAACAAUUUUUGCUAUGCUCUGUGGCAGGAGGAAAGACAAGCUAAUGGCAGCAAAAUAAUCAUUUUGUUGCAAGGAUGUUGGAAGCAAUCUGGGGAACGAAAGUGUGACAAUACGGAAUGUAUAGCGGUGAAAGGAUCCACCAAAGCUCUCAACAAUACAAAAUUUUGUUGUUGCAACGGAGAUUAUUGUAAUCAAAAUAUUACAGAUACGUUGGAUACUUCUUCUGGAGAAAACGAAGUCCCCCCAAUUUUACCUGAAACAACGAAGUUAUUGGAGCGAGCAGAAUCCGAGAGAUGGAUCGUUAUAAUAGGAAGUAUUGUUAUUGGGUGUUUGAUACUUAUCUGUGCCAUAAUUAUUCUCGUUUAUCGAGCAUAUCGGAAUAACUUAUUCGGUAAAACGGAAAAACCGAUGUCGUAUGGCGAUGGAAUAAUGGAAAGCACGUCUUUGAGAACGGGAACGUACACAGUUGAUCAUUUGAAACUGGCAACUAUCGUAGGUCAAGGACGAUACGGUUCAGUUUGGCAGGGCAGCAUGGGUGACAGAGACGUAGCAGUGAAAAUUUUUCCCUCUCAUUAUCGGAAUUAUUUUCAAAACGAGAGAGAUACUUACUGCUUGCCUUUUAUGGAACAUCCUUCGUUGCUCAGCUAUUACGGGGUCGAUGAAAGAUUAAAUAUGGAAGGUAACGUCGAUUAUUUACUCGUUCUGAGCUACGCACCACGAGGAACUCUCACAGACUUUUUGCGUACUCAAACUGUUGAUUGGGCGAGAUUCUGUAAAAUGGGCCUUUCGAUCGUCAAAGGGCUCGCUUAUUUGCAUACCGAUAUUCGCAAAGGAGACAAAUUAAAGCCCUGCAUCGCUCAUCGCGAUAUGAAUUCGAGAAACAUUUUGAUUAAAAAUGACGGAAGCUGCUGCAUCUGCGAUCUGGGCUUGGCCGUUCAAAUUUCUGGUUCGAAAUAUUUUAGCAACGGAGAGGAACAACACGCCGAGACAAAAUCUAUUAAUGACGUUGGAACGUUGCGAUACAUGGCUCCUGAAGUUCUCGAAGGCGCGGUCAACCUACGGGAUUGUGAAAGUUCUCUCAAGCAGAUCGACGUCUAUGCAAUGGGUCUGAUUCUGUGGGAAAUCGUCUCACGGUGCUCGGAUAUUUAUGUUCCUGGUUCAGAGGUCCCCGCAUACAAACAACCGUUCGAACGAGAAAUUGGUUCGCAUCCAACGUUUGAGGAGAUGCAAGUUCUUGUUUCACGAAACAAAGCGAGACCUUUACUCGAGGGAAAUUUAGUAGAUCGACCGGGGGUUCGAUUAAUCAAAGAAACUAUGGAAGAUUGUUGGGACGCCGAUGCUGAAGCUCGAUUGACAGCUCUCUGCAUAGAGGAACGUCUUACCGAGCUCCAAUCGCAACGUGUAACGACUUAUUUCAUGGACGGCAGUCCCAUGGUAAAUUCGUACAGCGCGCUUGUACCACCGACAACGAGCAGUCAAUACAGCGAAGUUUUCUAUCACGACAAUAUUCAUGUACCACCAACCGAUUUUCACUCUCGUCAGGAAGGAUCGCGCAACGAAAUAACUGCUGACAAUUGUACCAUCAUCUCGCCUUACGAACCCGUACAUCCGGAGCAUAGUUGCAAAAAUUCAAACGAGACAGCACCUUCGCGCAAUUGUCCAACGCUGCAACCGUAUCAAGGCCGAAAUCCUUGCAUGGAGAGAAAUUUGAUGUUGCCUUCGGAUUCCCGGGACGAUUUGGGCCGUAGUACGAAAGUUUUGGUGGAUCGUUCCUCGAAACACGUGACCAAGGAUCAACAAUACAAAUUGCACACAGAAUUGCAGAGUUUGGUGUCGCAUGAAUAUUCGACGAGGGCACCACAAUUGACGACGGCGCCAAGAUCGGCGACACCGAUACCUUACGUGCAAAACGUUAUCACAGAAAAUGGUAUUCUGCAGUGCAACAAACGUAAGCAGACAAAUAUGGAAGAGGGGAUCGGGGAAAAUCCUCGUAGGAAAAAGUUCGCAGGUUGGUCAAACUUGAAGCGGCUUUUGACCCAGAAAAAAAUGUAUCCGUACGCAAAAUGUCGAAUUGACCGGGAGGACUCGAAAUCGAAUUUGCUGACGAGAGCCCCAGUGAAAAUUGUUGAUACUAACGUCACCAUUUCCGCCGAAGGAAAAUACGUUAAUGGCGUUGUUUCUAAAAGUUCAAGCUCCGAUUCAAUUCCUGAUAAAAAUGAAAAAGUUUCUCGAGCUCGUGAAAACUUGGCUGCGAGUGACAAUACAGAUCAUUCGGACAAUCCAGAAAGGCCCUCUUCUUUGAGCCUUGUCAAUUUAAAUUCGGAAACUCCCGAUCUCAAUCUCACCAGGCGAGAAAGUCUCGAUAAGUUCAAUCAAGUUUUCAAUCGACGCUCCAAUUCAAUCGCCCUAAAACACCCUAAUAUGAGGAUUAAAACUCCCGGCGAUCUGCCCCCAUCCGUCCGCAAAGUUCGCGGACGCGCUGCUCAAAAUACCGCCAGGUUUUCGCUCUACGACGAUCGCAUGAUGUGCAAUUUUUUCAACGAUAACGACGAUAACGAUGACAAAAAUAUAUCUAGCUCCGUGCCCUUCGGUAUCGAUUGCAAUGACGACACCAAUUAUUCUUCGAACACCAAAAAUGUCACCUGCUUUUAGUUAUCAUACGAAAAGCCUCGUUUUUUCCCCUCAACAUUUUCCACGCGAUUUUUUUCCCGGAAAGUUUGGUCAUGUAAUUACGAAGUAAUGAAUCCUUCCGAUCUUUCCUCUCGAAUAAAGUACCUGUGUAUUUUUGGGGUUGAACAUACUUUACUUUUGUAAUCACGAACAACAUACCAUUUUUAAUUGAAACUCGUUUCAUCAUUUUUGGAAACACACCGUAAUAUUCUUACUGAUUGAAAAAACAUUGUCCACUGUUACGAGUUAAAUUGACGUUUGAGGUUUCAUUUUAAGAUGAUGGAUCAGUCGGUAAUCACAACCGUGAGUACGAGAGAGAUA